ACAUACUAUACAAUACAUUCUGUUUUUAUAAAAAAAUAUAAAUGAUUCUUGUCUCGAAAUCAAGAUUUUUGAUUAAUUAUCGAUAUGAAUUUGUCUUUCGUAUCGUUUUGGCAAAUGUCGUAGCCCAUGAUAUCUUGCACUGAACUGCAUAUCAAUAAACAAAUGGGGGAAUCCACUUUUGAAGCACCUCCUUCCCUCCUUGGCAACCAUCAAGCACCAAUAACAUUCCCAUCCCAUCUCAAAGUGACUGCUACCAGUUGCUGUUGCUGCCAUGGCGAGCCCUUGGAGCCGUGGCAUUGCCAUAGUGCUGUUUGUUCCAUUUAUCGAAUAGCAAAAAUGUCGGAACAGUUAAAAAAUUGCAGAAGUUAAAACAAAUUUUACCUAAUUCCUUUAAAAAAAAAGACAACCAUAUAAUCAAAACAAAUUUCGCAUGUUCGUUAAUCUAAAUUUAGAGGUGCAAAAUUGUGGGUAAGAUCAAAAGUAGCAAUUAGGAAUUAGAAGCAAUUAGAAUGUUGAGGCUACCGGGAAUGCCACUGCUCCCAGGUGCGCAGUUCUACGACUAUAGCAAAAGACGUCAUCCGAGGCGGCAGACAUUAAUGCACUAUCAGGGCAUUCACAUGCUCUCGGAUCGUCGCGAACCUGAGUUAGUGGAGCCAAAUGGACCAUUAGUGGACCCAAAAUGUCCUCCUGUGGCCACCGAGAUGAGUGCACUGUGGGCGCCUAAGAUUAGCAUUAAAUUACCACCAUGGCUGGCAUAUGAUAAGCAGGUGCUCUGCUUCAAUGCCUAUUUCAAGGAGCCGCUAACCGAGAUUUACCAUGCUCCCUAUCAGGUGCGCAAGGUAAAAAUUUAUUUCUAUCUCGAGGAUGGCACCAUGCAAAUCACGGAGCCCAAGGUGGAGAACUCUGGUAUACCGCAGGGCUGCCUUGUACACCGCCAGCGCAUUCCGAAGGCACCGCCUAGCGAUCGUGAAUUCAUUUCCAUCUUUGAUCUCAAUGUGGACACCAAUGUACAGAUCUUUGAUCGCGUGUAUCACAUUAGUGGCUGCGACAUCUUUACUCGGCAAUUUCUCAAUCGAGCCGGCAUUCCAGUGCCCGUCUCCCUGCUGGAACCCAACGACCCAACCACCGAAAUGCGCAAACGAUCCGCUUUAAAACAAGCUCCCAAAGCGGACUCUAGUGUUUUGCCAAAGCGACAUUCAUUUGCCCAAUUUCUGGAGUUUGAUCGAAGAGUCCUUAAAUUCCAGGGCUAUUGGAACGAUCGCUCCGAAUUUGGUGAUGUACGUAAGCUGGACAUAUGCUAUUACUUGGCUGACGAUACCAUCGACAUUAAGGAGAAGUUUCCAAGGAAUUCAGGACGCGAAGGACCCAGCACCUUUCUGAAGCGCGGAAAAUUGCCCAAGGAGUUCACGGGUCUGGCUUUGCCAGGGCAGCAAACUUCCGUGACGCUGCUCAACGUUCUGGGAUCCAGCAUGCGUGAUGUUCGCUACGUGGCGGAUCCGCUGAAUACAGGACAGAAGGAGGUGCAACACUAUACGGAUCAGGAUUUGCAAAUCGGCGCAGUGCUAAAUGUUUUCGGACGCGAUGUCAUCCUAACCAGUUGUGAUCAAUUUACUCAACACUACUACAGAGAGAAGUAUGGCAUUCAGGACUUUACGCCUCAGUCUCUGCCGGAACGUAACGAUGAGCGUCCAUGUUACACCGGUCAGGUGCGUCGCUUGCCGCCCUAUAACGGCUGGGGAAGUCACGAGGAUUCCGAGGGCAAUUGCAUUACUGUGGAGCCUAAGGCACCGCAGGCCGACUUCAAGAAGCUUUUCAAGUACGAUGGCUGCAUUCUGCGUUUUGGUGCCAAGUUAAUGUCUGUAAUACGAGAGAAUUGUGAGCGUAGCUUUGUAAUCAGUUAUUACCUAGCUGAUGACACUGUUCAGAUAUACGAGGUGGCGCGACGAAAUUCCGGCUUUGUGGGUGGCGAAUUUCUCAAGCGAGCUCGUGUCCCUCUGCCCGGCCAGGAAAAGUUCAGUUCAACGCGACCAGAAUACUUUCGAGCCAGCGAUUUCUAUAUUGGUUCAACGGUCAAUCUGAAAGAUCACAUCUUUCAUAUCAUUUCGGCCGAUGAAUUUACAUUGCUUCACAUGGAACAGCAUCCCAAUGAAUUCCCUGUGGCUGACAUUCGUGCAAUCAUGAAUAAGAUACGGGAUGCAGUGCGUCCACAAUAUAAACAAUUUGUACUACGCUGCAAACCGGAGGUUGAUCUAGGCGACAAAACUACAGUUAGCUAUGACACAUUAAAGUCAACGUUACUGUCGUAUCUGUCCAAGGAGUCGCUAUUAAAUCACGAAAUUGUUACUGUAUGCCGUUUCUUCUCCGCGGAGCAAAUGCCACCACCAAGUUGCGAUAGAAAUCAUGUCCGUGCCGCAGCCCAACUGGAGUUAAAACGCGCUCUAUGGAACAAUGUGGAAGAACUCACAGAGCACUUGAGCCACAUAAAUCCUAAUUGCAAACCCUACAUCUCGGAGGCACAAGUGAGAUCAACGCUGCGUGGCUGUCGCCUGCCCUUCAGUCUCGAGCUGGUGGAGGACAUUCUGCAAGUGUUGCAACACAAUGCUCAGGGCGAGGUUGAGGUGCGCGAUGUGCUCGGCUUCUUUAAUAUGAGUGCCGAUCAAGUGCCUGACAUAGCGCCACUUAACAUCGCCUUUGAACUUUGCCCCAAACUGCCUUUCCUACACAAGGGACGCCUGGUAGACUUCAAUUGGUUUCUACAUUGUUUGGGCUUAGAAGAGGAGCUAGUGCGCAAUAACUUUUAAACACUAUUCGAGCUUUGUUAAAUGACGUACAAUAAUCCCUUUCCUUGAGUUUGUUGUAGAACAUUUAACAAUUUCUCGGUGCUCCUUCAAAGUUCGAAAUAAUCUGACAAAUUA